UGCCACAUCUCUGGGAUGGAGAUGUACUUGAAAGAAACUCCCAUUCACUUCACUGUACGUUACGGGGACAACUCCCAUGCAUGCUCAGUGGAAAGCCAGCUGGAAUGUAAAUGUUCUCUUGAAGAUUCUGUCGGCUAUAGUCCUGUUGAAGCGUGCCUGAUACUGAUGGAACCACAAUACAAAUGCUGCCGGAAUCUGUCUGUCUUUCAGAUUGUUAAGCCUGAAGCACCAUUUGGCUUAAACAUCACAUACCAAGACAAGGAAGAUGCUUAUCUGGUUCAAUUCUCUACUCCUCUAUCAUCAUCAACUUUCCUGAAAACGCAGUUACUGUACGAAACAGCCUACUGGCCUGAAAACACCAACUGGACCAUGAGUAGCAAUACCAAAAGAUUUACUCACGUUCCGUUGACACUUCUGAGAAAGGAAUUUCAACCUGGCACAAAGCAUGAACUAAAAGUCCGGUCCAAGCCUAAUGGAGUUUAUUUCGACGGCUUUUGGAGUGAAUGGAGCUCUUCUGCCUACAUCCAGACCAGAGGAAACAAUAGGAAGAGGGUCAAUACACCAAAGCUCAGAGGUGAUAAAGUAAUCCUGAUGACAACAUCCUUUGGGGGCUUCUUUGUACUGCUCAUCCUAAUUUGGCUGAUCCCAAUAUUUUGGAGAAGCAGGAUUAAACCCAUUGUGUGGCCAGCCAUCCCUAAUCACGAGAAAAUGUUGGAUAAACUCUGCAACAAACUGAGAAAGAACUCUGAGAUAAGUUUCUUCAACCCUGAGAGUCUGGGCUAUGCUCACAUCCACAAAGUGGACAGCAUUCAAGUCAAGUCAGAAAUAGAGCAUCUUCAGCAGCAGCUGCUUCCUUGGGCAGUGGAUGUUCCAGAGAAGGUUGGGAGCGGUUUGGAACUAAAGAACAACCUGAGUCACAUCAAUCACGGCUGGCUGAAGCUGUCUCUGCCGUAUGAAGGCAUGUGGCCGGCUGAGUUCUCGAACGGACAUUUGGGCAGAAGUAACCAUCUCAACGGCAAUGAAUUGGUCAAAGCCAACCUGUAUAAUGAGAGUGGCGCUGGUGAUCAGCAUAGUUGUAAUGAUGCUCUCGGUACCCAUUCAAGGGCGUUGCUGGGCCCCGCCACCCUGCCUGGAUUAGAAGCCUGCCAGGCAGAUCCCUGCCACCCAGCUUAUGCCAACAGUGAAAUUAAGGUCUCAAACAAAGAGGAAGCUUAUGUCACCAUGGCGAGCUUUUUCGAAAGCAAAGGAAACUCGGGAAACUAG